CCCCCCUCGCUAAGAAACGCACCCAGGACUCUUCAUCUAACAAAGUGCUUCUUCCAUUCAAAUCUCAGUUGUUAUUUUUCUUACUGAGGAGCCGGCCAGAGACAAGAGACCAAGGACAGACAAAUGUGAAGACUCAAUAAUGUCUUGCUGCACAGACAGGAAUGCUGUGAUAGUUUCCUCCGCUGACAGGUUGUGGUGAAAGUCUACACUGUCAUGUGAACGCACAUAUGUGGUGUUCCACUGUGCUUGUGACACGGGGCACAUUGUGGCGUUCGAAUCAAACCUGAAAGGUCUUCCGGGAUGAACUGAGGUAGGAUGUGACCGAUUCACCCCGUCUCCAGGACAGGAUGUCACAGGGCAGAGGAAGAAUUUGGGGAGGGAGUGGGAAGCAUACACACUUGCUUAUUCUCGCGUAUCUAUUCCUCUUGGCUUUACCAUGCACGGGCUUCCUCCCCGACUUUUGGUCUCGAGUGCUUACGCUGUCCUGGACCUCGCGCACACACCAGCACAUCACGGAGCAAUCUAUUCUCAAUGUCACCCUGGAGACUCUGAGAGGCCCCGAAAAACACCAUGGAGAGGAACAGACCAGACUAGGCCGAGGCUUCUGGAGAGCUGUAGGAGAGGUGGUAAAGUCCAACGCGGCCAUGGACUUCCUGAACUCCACCAAGUCUGACCCGGUGUACCACUUUGAUGCAGAGCGCAUGGAUGGCGCCAUAGGGAUGUUACGGCAGUUCUGGGCUCAGACUCUGCUCUCAGUACAGGCCGAAGAGUACCAAACUGCCCGACACAGCUUGGGCCAGCUAUUUCACUCCCUGCAGGACUUCUACAGCCACAGCAACUGGGUUGAGAUGGGCCAGCGCUUCAUUUACCUCCACCUGCUGCAGCCAGAUGAGCCUGCCGUCCCCGUGGCUACAGAGGACACUCCUACCUGUAUGGAGUGCUUCAGUGUCACCUGUCGAGGCAACCUCCUGCCAAGACUGCUAAACCCACAGCACAACUCCAGGCUGCUCACCACUGGCUACUUUGGCACUUUCCCUCCAAAACCUCAUGGCAAAUGUAGUCACGGAGGUAUUCUGGACAGUAGUCGCCAUACGGGAGCCAAAGGGGGCAUCAACAAGGACAGCACCUCACCUUUCUUCUCCCCCCACCAUUACCUCCACAUGGAAGCAGCCAUGUUGGCAACUGAGGCCACCCUGAGUGUACUGAGAGACCUCAGAGACACUGUGGGCCACAAUACCUUCCUCAGGCUCUUCAGCGUGAGGCAAAUCCCUGCAUUGGUGUUCGUCAUGGACACUACAGGUAGCAUGUUCGAGGAGAUCACUGCUGCUCGCCUCCGGGCCCACUCCAUCAUCCAGAGCCGAGCCAGCAGCCCCGGGCAGCCUGGCACCUUCAUACUUGUACCCUUUCAUGAUCCAGGGGUGGGACCAGUGCAUAAAACCAAUGACCCAAACCAGUUUAUGCAGCACAUGGAGAACCUGAUGGCGCUGGGAGGCGGGGACGAACCGGAGAUGUGCCUCUCUGCCAUUCAGCUGGCACUCACUCACAGUCCACCACUGUCGGACAUCUUUGUGUUCACUGACGCUUCCCCUAAAGACGCCCACUUGUUUGAUGCGGUGAAGGCCCUCGCCCUUGAGAAACAGAGCAAGGUGACGUUUCUCCUAACUGAAGACCCCAGCUACACAACAGACAGCAGAGGGAUGAAGGGGAGGAGGAGGAGGAGGAAGAGGAGUCAGAAACCUUUGUCCCCUGAUCGUUUCUCUCUCUACUCGUCCCUGUCCUCCCUGUCAGGAGGACUAACAAUAUUCACCACCAACUCUGAUAUCCACAAAGUCUCCACCAUUGUGGAGGAUAAUAUAGCCGCUGACAAGGUGACCCUCUUCCAUGUGGAAAGUGACCAAGACCUGAGGUCCUCCCAUUCCUUCAGAGUUGACAGCUCAGUAAAAAAUGUCACACUACAUGUCACUGGCACCCUUACAGAGUGUAUCCUCACCAGCCCAUCAGACCAAAGCCAGUCUCUGUUGCUCGAGCAAGGCCCUCUGGCAGCUUUGGAGCACUUUAAGGGUCUGUACCGCAUCAGCCUGCUCCCUCCCAUACAGCCAGGCCAGUGGAGUCUCCAGGCCAAGGGUGACGGACACCUCACAUUCAGUGUGAUAGGUGACAGCAGUGUAGAUUUCCUGUACUACUUUGCUGCUGUAAGCAAUGAGACUCAUCCAGGUCUGGCCAGACUGGAUGGUAGUCCAGUAGCGGGUGUCCCUGCCUUUCUGGUGCUGGCUGUGACAGGCCUGGCACCAGAUGAGGAGGUGUCUUUCAGUCAUGUGACACUGCUGGGAGCUGAUGGGGAGCACCUCCAGCAGGUGAAGCUGAACUCCUCCGCUUUGUCAACCUACUCUGUGGAAGAGCUGGUGGGAUGGGUGGAUGCUGUUCCCAGGGUACCUUUCUGUGUUCGACUAACUGGCCAAGACAGUAGAGGAAACAGGCUGGAGAGGGUUUCCACAGAGAUGGUUCACCCCACACAUGUUCAGAUUCAGGUGUCGUCCGUCCCCCGUCUGGUACCUGGUCACAGCACAUUGGUCCAGUUUCAUGUCCUGAACCACGGCCCAGCCCGACUCUUCAAUCUGACGGCUGAUGAUGACUAUGGAUAUCUUCAGAAGAGAGGACCUCACAGGUUAUUUGUUGCAGAACAUGGAUCUUUCCAUGGUCAGGUAGACCUCCACACCCCUGACACAGCUCAGACAGGGGCCACAGUGAGCCUUACACUCACUGUGCGUGCCCUUAACUCUCCUGACUCAAAUUAUGCAGUGGCGUACUUGACUGUUAUUCCCCCGGAUCCCGACACGUCCCCCCCAUCCUGCUCCGCUGCACAAGUUCAGUCUACCUGUCCGUCCAUUUGCAACGAGUCCCGCUGGAGUGUAUCUCUGGCUGUGUCAGACAGGGGGCGCUCUGGUCUUGCUGCUCUCCAGCUCCAGAAAGGUGAAGGCAUUCUGACUUUAUUCCACAGUCCCCCACCCACAGAGGACAGCCAGGUGGAGCCAGGCCACGAUCAGCGAGAGGAACACAGGGAUAAGGUGGCCAGUGGUGGCAGCCUCCACCACCAUCACCACCACAUAUCCAGAUUAGAGAAAGGCGACCCGCCUCUGAAUGUAACUGAAUGGGUUGUGGGCUCAUCUCAGCCACUAUGGGCGAGGUACACAUCCAGCUGCUGCUCUGCUCAGGCAGAGCUGCUGGUGUGGGACACAGCUGGAAACAUGAAGCGCUGCCAUCUAACAUCUGGCCAGCAGAGGCAGCUUACAGACAGGACUACAGAUACCAGCAGCGCUGGACAGAUUACACCCUCAGCAGGUGUUUUUUUCUUGUUGGGUCUGCUGUGGUCAAACUAAUCUACUUGUUGAUCACUGGAAGAGCUACACGAAAAAGAUAUAAUCUGUUCUUUUUUCGGAGGAUAGAGACUGAGAAAAACAAAUGUAGUUUGAAAUGAGUGCACUUAAUGCAAAGAAUCAUGUCUUUCUUCAUUGGUGAUCAUGUGCUUGCUACUCUAAUUUUCAAAGACAGUGCACUGAAUAAAGAUGAAUCAGUU